CAUUGAAAUAAUCUCGCCGUCACUUCACUCUGCAUCUACUGUACUGUUUUAUUCUUAUUGUUCAUUGACCGCAACGACGCUCUGCUCGGUCGCUGCGACGUAGUCCCGCCAGCCGACAGGCCAAGGACCCUGGAAUUGGCGCAAUGAACGACCUCACUUUCCUCGACGAGGAGCUCGCCAGCGACUACGGCGCCAGCGACGCAAUCCUGAAGGCUGUUCUGCCCGGCGGCAAAGUCGUCCACAUCUCAGACGCCGUCAGUCCGUACAAGUUCUUAGAUGCGUGUCCGCUGCUGUACCACGCCUUCGAGUACAACGCGCAGAGCCGGCUCCAGGCAAGCAUCGAUGCUUCCUCCGAGACUCCUGUCAUAGCGCUGGCCAGAUACUGCUACACUGGCAGCUAUCUCGCCGCUGAGCCCGGCGGCGAGACCAUCAUGCUCCUGCAGCAUGCCGAGACGUACAAAAUCGCCGAGGACUUUGAUGUCCCAGAACUGCAGAUCAUGGCACAUGGGAACUUCUCCUGCCAGAUCGAGUACUCGUGUUGUUUGCCGAAUCCCCCAGAGGACCUGCUCGACACGAUCAGGUUCAUCUACCGGUACUUCGCCAGUGACGAAGCACGCCGCAAGCACAACCUCGUCGACACACUGCUCAACUACUGUGUCGCAGUCUAUCUCUACCACAAGCUCGGCGAAAACCUGGACUUCCUAACCGCUGUCCACAAGAUCGCAGCUUUCCGUCAGGAUCUCUGCCGAACGAACAUCGCUCGAAACUUCGAGGACGCCUGCGCCGCAGACAUCAUCCGCCUCCCAUCCGGCCCCGUCGCCGAAUCCAGCAACGCCCUCGCAUCCCGCCAGCUGCCAAACGAAAUGCUCUACGACCUGCCCUACGACCCCGCGCUCCCCGCCCUCCCAUCCACUCGAGCCUGCACCGGCGAAGAAGGCGAAAAGGUCACACUCGCAUACCGCCGCGGCCAGCUGUGCGUCAAAACGCCCCGCCAGCAGCUCCCGGACCGGUCCAAGCACUGCGCCUCGCCCGCAGCGCUCACGGCCGCGCUCGAGCGCUACAGCCGCAGCCGUAGCCGCCACACGCCCGCGGAAGACGCCGCGCGCAGCUCGAAACGGGUCCGCUUCGAUGCAGAGUUCGAGGCCGAGCCGCCGCUGCGCGUGGACCAGGCGUGCUCCCCCGCCGCCGAGGCCUCGUACUGGUCCAGCGCGUUUGCGGUGCCGGCGGCUGCGUCUGCGUCUCCGUCUGCGCUGCCUUGUCUCCCGCCCGCCGCUGCACCACCUUCCUUCCCACCUGUUGCCGCCGCAUCUCCAUCCCCUCCCCCCAUCCCCGCUUCCCCUCCCCCGUCGUACGCCGCCGCGGUCCCUACGCCCCCCUCGCUGCCGCACCGCCCACACCUCCACCCCGACACCCUCAUCCUCCCCACAGACCCCGCAAGCCCAGACCCCGCAAACCCAGACCCUGUACGCGAAGACUCCGCAAGUGAAGACGAAGGUUUCGCGCUCAUCGCGCACCCACAGCCCGGCUCGGCGCGAGACAGUCCCAUGUCGAGCCCUGAGCUCGUGGGCGUGGAGUGCGAGAUGGAGAUUCCUGCGUUGAGUGGCGGGGGAGUGGCGAGGGAAGGGGACGGGGAGAGGGAUGUGGAGAGGGAUGGGGAGGGCAGUGAGGAUGGCGAGGGGGGCUGGGUGGAGUUGUGAGGUCGUUCACGGUCUCACCCGGAUUCCUCGGUUUAAAUCUCUGGGAGUAUAAAAUAGUCUGCGGCGUUUCGUGGCGUCUUGUGGCGUUGGAUCAGUCUUCGGAGGGAGG